GUCAGUGGGCGGGCCGGGCUUUGGAUUCGCGCGCCGGUCCUGGCUAGUCUGGGUGUGGGCGGCUUUUGGAGAAAGCCGGAAGCAGCGACAGCCCCAGCUCCUGAGAUAUGGCGGGCGUUAAAGCUCUCGUGGCUCUAUCCUUCAGCGGGGCAAUUGGGCUGACUUUCCUUAUGCUGGGAUGUGCCUUGGAGGACUAUGGCGUUUACUGGCCCCUGUUCGUCUUGAUUUUCUACGUCAUCUCCCCCAUCCCCUACUUCAUUGCCAAAAGGGUCACAUAUGACUCCGACGCGACCAGCAGUGCCUGUCGGGAACUGGCAUAUUUCUUCACCACUGGGAUUGUUGUUUCUGCCUUUGGACUUCCUGUUAUUCUUGCUCGCGUGGAUGUGAUCAAGUGGGGAGCCUGUGGUCUUGUGCUGGCUGGCAACGCUGUCAUUUUCCUCACAAUUCAAGGCUUCUUCCUUGUCUUUGGAAGAGGAGAUGAUUUCAGUUGGGAGCAGUGGUAGCACCUCCUCCUCAUGGAAAGCACUGAGUCUCAGAUUUUGUAUUAAAGCCUGCUACUAUGGCCUUGUAGACAGCCGCUCACUUACCCAGGGGGUCUAAACCUUUGACUUGGGAUCUGCUUGGGAGACACAGGCAGAUCUCCUACAGCUGAAACACAGGUGGUGCUCUCCCUGUACACUUAGACUCAUCUCAGAGGAUGGCUCACCCACACAGAGCAUCGGCGUCUGCUAGGGGCCUGUUGGGGAUGCGGGAUCAGAAGCUUGAUGAGAUUGCACACUUGGCACAUGCGUAUUGACGUGUGAGAAUUGUAGAGCAAUACACAUCGUAGCUCCCUUCUCUGUGGCAUAGCCACCUGCCCUCUCUCGGUGCUGCAUGCUCGUUUGCAGAAAAAAUAGCACCUGCCCCAUGUCGUGAAUGAGGUCAGACUUCAGGUGUUUCUAAUAUGUUCAAGUCUAUAAUAUUUCUGUUGAUCCUCAAAUUUAGGGGGCCUGUUCUUAGGAAGGAACAGAUAAGUCCUAACAUCAUCUAAAAGGCAAUGACUGAUUGCUCAAAAGAAGUUACAAAUUAACCAAAAAGUCUCUCUGGGGUCCAGGGAGGGAAACUGGGCUGGAAAUGGUCCCUAUUUUAAGUGGAGGGCAGGUCAGACAAUUCUUGAAAAUGUCCCUUCAAGAGCUUGUGCUUCCCUGUCCCUCUCUGGUGCCUCCCAUCCCCCACUCAGCAUGCCAUCUGCUCUUGGUGGCAGGUCUCCUGAAGGGUUGUUAGAGUCAGGAGUGAGCAGAGGGGAGGGAGUCACUGAAGUUAUACGUUGGUGCACUUUUCAUCCUUUGUAUUGAACUUGAUGUCCCCUCCACAGGAAACACAGGGAUCCACAUCAUGUUGGUUCUUAUAAACAGUUUUUCUAGCUCCUCUUUUUUUAUCUGGAGCCUAUUGGGAGAAGGAAGUGAGAACGACCACCACCCAAUCAGGAUGCUGUCAGCGGUGUUUAAGCAUUGAUGCUUCGAGCUGAUGAGUGUUCAGAGCACUCUCCCUUGAGGCUUGUGUCCGAAGAAUCAGCCCUCAGGGCCAGGACUGGCGUGAUGCUGGGACCAGCAGGUGAAAGGGCAGAAGACUUGCGCAAUGUUACAUUUUGGCCUUGUGCAUGGCAUUAUGUUUUUAAUAUUUUGUGUACAUAUAGAAUUGUUAGAGUUGUCAUUUCUAGUAUUUACAUUAGAAAAAUUAUUUAGAUACUUGAUCAUUUAACUGCAUUUUUAAUCAUGACACUUGCUAUAAUAAAUUUGACUUUUAACACUGAA